GGCGGGAAGUAAACAAUAUCAAAGGGGUGAGUGUGAGUGUCAAGUCCUGGGCACUUUUAUGGAGAAAGAAAAGAAGACGAGGCAUUUAUGUAGCAUGUUGAAGAUGUAGCCAACAUCACGUGAAGUGUUGCCAAAGUUGUGGUCGCCAGUGAGGACAAACACAGCACAGGAGCCAGCCGCGGACCACAGCAAGUUGUGUCUGUGGUGAAGCUGAGCCAAUGCUGUGCUAAACUGAUGACGCUGCUGCAUAUCUGACGAACUACAGAUCAUCCCUAACCACCUGUGUGUGCAUUGGGUUUGUCAAGAUGAGCAACAUUUACAUCCAGGAACCAGCCUCCCAGGGCAAGGUGCUUCUGGUCACUACUGCUGGGGACUUCGAUGUGGAGCUGUGGUCCCGGGAAGCUCCUAAGGCAUGCCGCAACUUUGUACAGCUGUGCCUUGAGGGUUAUUACGAUGGCACUAUCUUCCACCGUGUUGUGCCGGAGUUUAUAGUGCAAGGAGGAGACCCAACAGGCACUGGCACUGGUGGGGAGUCAAUAUAUGGCAAGCCCUUCAAGGAUGAGUUCCACACACGGUUGCGGUUUGUGCGGCGUGGCUUGGUGGCCAUGGCAAAUGCUGGCCCCAACGACAAUGCAUCACAGUUCUUCUUCACGCUGGGCCAGACGCCGGAGCUGCAGAACAAGAACACGAUAUUUGGCAAGAUCACCGGCAACACCCUGUACAACCUGCCGCGCUUUGAGGAGGGCAUCAUUGGCAAGGAUGACAGGCCAGAGUACCCACACAAGAUCAUCAAGACAGAGGUGUUGAAUAAUCCCUUUCCAGACAUCGUGCCGAGGGUGAAGAUUGAGAACGAGGUGCUGGAGGAGGACCGGAAGCACAAGAAGAAGGACAAGGGGACUAAGAACUUCAAGCUUCUGUCAUUUGGUGAUGAGGCUGAGGAGGAGGAGGAGGAGGUCCUGGCAGCCACCAAGAACUUCUCCACCAAAGGAAACUCUGCCCAUGACAUUGCUAUGGACCCGACGCUCUCAGCCAGCACUGGGAAGGGUCUCAACAACGGCACAGAUGCUCUGGAAAGAAUAAAGAAAAAGUUACGUCGAGAGGACUCCCCUGAGGCAGAGAAGACCAAGGCAGUGGAGGCUGUGGCAGCGGGAGACGACUUGCCAGAAAGGAAGGAGAAGGAGGACGUUGUGGAGAAGGGCAAGGAGGUUGUGUAUAGAACAAUGUUAGAGGAGGAGAAGAGAAUAAAGGAGGAAAAAAUGGCAGAGAUGAAGGCGGAAAUUAGGCAGCUCAAGCAAGACCUUACGGGAAAGAAGCCAAGAGAGAAGCCGGAAGUGAAGGAGGAGGAGGAGGACAAAGACAGCACAACGGUCAAGGAAUUCAAGAAGGAACGGCAAAAGUAUGAGCAGGCAAGGAAGCAGCUGCCCAACAAAGGUGCCUCAAGGGAGAGUCAAACGCUGGCCCUGCUGCAGAGGUUCACAGCCAAGAUGAACCAGGCUGUGUACAAUGAGCCUGGUCCUGAGAAGGAGGAGGGCGAGGGGGACAAGGAGGAAGGAGAGGAGUCAGAGGAGGAGGAAAGUGCAGGCUGGAUGACACACAAAUUCUACUUCGGCACGACUGACGUAGUGUUAGCCAAGGACGCCAGCACCAAGGACGACCACUGGUACGACGUGAGUGACCCACGGAACGCCCUGAACAAGCGGCGGAGAGAGGACAGUGCCAGGUCGUCCAAGAGGCACCACAAAUGAGAGCAGGAGGAACGUGUGGCUGGAAUGUUUGUGCCGAGUGUUGCUGAGUGAUAAAUGCCGUUUUCACCUUUGUAUCAGUGUCAGAGAUAGUGUGAGUGGGACAGAAGGAGGAUUAAAGAUGGAAUGAUGCUGUUUU